CUCAAACACCAUCACAGAUGAUAGCACACCAAAGAAACCAUGUGACACAAGUAUGAAAAAGUGCCAUCAUUGUUCUUAUACGACAAAUAUCACAUAUAAUUUGACUCGUCAUAUGCAGCUGCACCAGCAGACGAGAAGAUAUAAUUGCCACAUAUGUGGAAAAAGUUAUGCCGAUAAAUAUAGACUGAGUGAACAUCACAAAUUUAAGCAUUGUGGAGGAAAAGUUAAGUGUGACCAAUGUGAGAAAGAAUUCACAAGUGCGAGUGGGUUACAGAGACAUGUUGCGUUGAAACAUGAACAGAGAGAAGCUAAAUAUGUGUGCACGAUAUGUGACGUGCCAAAAAAAUUUGUAUUCAAGACAACUUAUGAUGCACAUAUGGUAAUGCACGACACCACUAAACACCACAAGUGUAAAUAUUGUGAGAAAACAUUUUCAUGGGCUGGAACGCGGAGUCAUCAUGAAAAAAUAUGCAAAGAGAACAAACAAACGAAGAUAUUUGGAUGUUUUUUCUGCGACAAACAAUUCACUUGUAGGAAAUACCUGAUGGAACAUGCAGAGUUUCAUAAUGGAAAUAAAACAAAAAUUAUCUGUAGCGUAUGUGGCAAAAGCUUCAGCAACAAUUCUAAUUUAAGAAGACAUAAAAAAGUGCAUAAGGAUAAUAAGGAACAAGUGCAUAAGGAUAAUAAAGAACAAGUGCAUAAGGAAUGAGGAACAAAUGUAUUAGGAAUAAAGGGUAACAAGUGCAUACAUAAGAAUAGGACAAGUACACUGUAUAUAUGGAAUAAAGGAUGAGUGCAUGAGAAUAAAAGGAACAAGUGCCUAAUGAAUAAAGGGAAGAUUUUACCAAGGGACAAGUGCUUACAUAAGGAUAGGACAAGUACAGUGUACAUAAGGAAUAAAUGAACAAGUGUAUAAGGAUAAAAGGGACACAUGCAUAAGGAAUAAAAUGAUGAGUGCAUAAGGAUAGG